CUCCUCCUCCUCCUCUUUUUAUCCCCUCCUUUCUCCUCACUCUGUCUCUCUCUGUGUUUCCUCCCCACCCUGCUCUCAUUCCUUCAGGUCCUCCACCGCCUCAUCUCCUCCUCCAGCGGAGCGGCAGGAUCAGAGAGGAGCAGCAUCAGCACCACUGCCGAGCAUCUCCCUCACCUGGGGGGAGAGCAAGGGAGGCAGGAGCGAGAGGAGGGGAGAAAGGAGAUAGAGUGAGAGAGAGAGAGAGAGAGAGAGAGAGAGAGAGAGAGAGAGAACCAAACACUGAGAAGUUUUUAGUUGGAGGGAGGACCAGCAGGGGAGAGUUUGGAGUGAGAGAGCUCUGUGGGAGGCUGAAGGGGGGACCGGGAGCUUCAUUUACCCCUUUUUCACUCUUGGCCGUGAGCUCCGUCUGCCUCCCCUCUUCCUCCUCCUCCUCGUCCUCCUCCUCUUCUCCGCUCUUCUUCUCACCCCGACUCUCCUCCCAGCUCCCGCCGUGGGGUCUCAGCUCUCCGUCUCCCUCCCCCCCUCCCUCGCUCCCUACCUCCCCCGGGCCCUGCUGGGAGCCUCCGCGCUGCUGCGCCGCGGGAGGAUGUCUCGCAGGGAGUCUCCGCCGCCGCCCUCGCCUCCUCCGCCGCUGCUGGGGGUGCAGAGAGGGGAGGUGCAGUGCGAUGAGCGUCCGGAGCGAGCCGAGCCUCUGUCCGACGCCGAGAGGGAGAUCAUCCAGGACUCGUGGGGGCACGUCUACAAGAACUGCGAGGACGUGGGGGUGUCCGUGCUCAUAAGGUUCUUUGUCAACUUCCCAUCGGCCAAACAGUACUUCAGCCAGUUCCAGGACAUGGAGGAUCCGGAGGAGAUGGAGCGGAGCAGCCAGCUUCGGCACCACGCCCGCAGGGUGAUGAACGCCAUCAACACUGUGGUGGAGAACCUCCACGACCCGGAGAAGGUGUCGUCAGUGCUGGCCCUGGUGGGAAAAGCUCACGCCAUCAAGCACCAAGUGGAACCCAUUUACUUUAAGAUCCUGAGCGGCGUCAUGCUGGAGGUGCUUUCGGAAGAUUUCCCAGAGUUCUUCACAGCAGAGGUGCAGAUGGUGUGGGCCAAGCUGUUUGGGGCGGUGUACUGGCAUGUGACGGGGGCCUACACAGAGGUGGGCUGGCUCCAGGUCUCCAGCUCGGCGGUGUGAAGAGUUAUGAAGAGUAAAGGAGUUUCCAGUGGACUUAAUGAAAUGAAUAAAGGGAAAAUGAUGUGUUUGUGUGUUAAAUGUGGAGGGAGAAUUGCGUGAGGGUGGUUCCACAGACGUGGAUCUGGUUAAUGUGGUAAUCCGUUGUUCUUUAUUUUGGUGCUAAGGUUUUGUUGCUCUGAUAUUUCUGCUCUUCACUUCCCAGAGAUGAGUUGGACACCAAACAAUGUAGCAAGACAUCAUUUUAUUUCUCCGAUACUAGUUGUAAGUGGUGCUCUGGCGUGUGUUUCAAGCGAAACAUGCUCUCACUGCUCAUACUAACUAUCUAGUUCUGCUGUUGCUGCACAUCAAUCCCUGUGUAGCGCGACACCUUCUUUAUGAAAGAGCUGCUCAGUGAUUAGCAGAUUUUUAUUAGGUUUCUAUAGAGAGUAACUGACUCUCUGGCCCUGUCUGAAGGCCUGUCAAGCUUUUAAAUCUUGCAGAGUAUAUAAGCAGUUAAAAAGGCUAAUAGUGGAAGAUUUACCACUUAAAAUUCUCAGCAUUUUUCUUGCUCCUUGAUAAGAGAUGGAGGUGGACAUAAGCAGGCUUUUCUUUUUAGCUACUUCUGCUUGCUAAUUACUGUCAACUUUAACAAGAAUUCAGAUUUCAGAAAUGGGAACCUUGUAAAAGGUCUGAAAUAUGCAGGUGAAAGCUAAAUGACAGUGACAUUAUAUCAGACUAAAAGACUUAAGUCAUGAGUAACGGAAAUGACAAGAACAUCAAUGUGUUGUGUAGUGUAGAGUCACUCGUUAGUCCUCUUAUUAUUGUAGAUUCUGAUAGGAGAUGAUCACAGGAAGAUGAAAAGCUGUCAUAUCACCAUGUUUUUGACAUGACAUCGAACUCCACAAAAUACAGAUCAUGAAAAAAGUAGCUAGCUGACAGACUGAUACACCGAUCAGCCUCAACGUUAACGUCACUCACCUCAUACUGUGUAGAUCUCCUGUUGUCUUGUGGUGUUUGGGUUCUGAAGGUUUGUCGGUUUGGGUCUCAUUUCCUGGAAAUGAUUCUGGAUCUGGAUUGUUUGGAGGUCAGAUGCAUGCCCAUUAUUUCCAAGUAUUCAGCUUGCCACCCAGUGAGCUUGUGGUAAAAGUUCACUGAAAUUUGAAAUUAGCCCGACAUGGAAGGCAACACAGAGGAAAAGCUGCUGUGUCUCUGAAUUCCUUAAAUUAUAUGAGUAAAGCUUUGCAUUUGUAAGAACAUUUCAGGAGGAAAACCUAAACUUGGAAACAGGUUGGCAAGUCAGAUGUGUUAUAGCCUCUUUCUAUACAGUUUUUUGUUGAGCUGAGGCUGAAGUGUUGCCUCUCAGUAGUUCUACGGCUCUAUUGAACUGUCCUAAUUGAGAUAAGAGGUACCCGCCAAAAAUAAUGUUUGGACUCAACUAAAAAAAAUGAAUACAGCAUCACUCUUUUUUUAAUUUUAACAACCUCAAAUGAAAUUACUUUCAACCAAAAGUGUCACUGAGUUCAGAGAAUUAGCUUUUCCUGUUUAUUUAAAGUUAUUUUCAUUCAGUAGUCUUAACAUUCUGAAAUUUUCAAAGCAUGUUAAGAUGGAAGGGGGGACAUCAAUUUCUUUUAAUGCCAGCUGGUGGGUUAAAGUAGCUGAUACACUGAUUUCUUAACAUGUGGAAAAACCCAAAAGCUUGACAGGCCUGAUGCUACAGUUAAUAAGUUAACACUGUGUUGGACUAUUAGUUGGAGCAGAAAGAGAUAUUCAUCUAUGUAAAUGUUGCGGAUUAUUACCUUACAGAGUUCAUUUCUGUGGAAACUUGCGGUGAGAGAAGCAUCCUCUUGGCCUCACAUACGAGUUCACCUCAUGAAAGAUAAAAGAAAUGUUUAGACGAGGAAUGAUUUUUACGCUACGAGAGGGGGCAUGUAGUUGUUGAAGCCCCGGCUAUGGGACCAUGGAGCUGCUGACUGUUAAUAGAUCCUCUUUGUGUCCUACUACAGUAUAUCCUCAUGUUUAGGGGACCUGCGCCCCUUUUCUCUCUCUAUUUAAUGUCUUGUUUAACUUUGCUGAGGUGUUGUUUGUAUAAGUGUACAGUGGGCAAAUGUGCAUACUCUUCUGCCUUUGUUUACGACUCAUUGACGUGUCAAUCUGUUGGCGUGUUGAAGAGGGCUGUUUCUGCUUUGCUCAAAGUCUUGACUAGCAACGAUGCUUUUUUAAAUUUUGCCUAUCAUUUCAUUUAAUUGCACAGACACUUACACAUUGCAAAAGUAAGAUGGAAAAUGUCAGCAGAUGGACACAGUCAGCCGCCACGCACGUUCACACACUCAUGUAACGUCUCCUGGGCUAAUAUUUACGGGACUGUCAGUUGGUUUACCUCUUCAAAACCCAAUCAGAGAGACGUGCUGCUUUAAAGGCUCCAUUAAGGGCUUUAGAAACCCACUCUGGAGGUCUGUGAAACACAUGUCUGCCCUAGAAGUGCCAUCAGGCUGUUUCUGUAGAUCUCUCACCAAACUAACACAAGAAGCGACAUCCAAAUCCAUGCAAACGCACAAACUGCAUAAUGUGGUUUGUGUUGCCUUCACUGGAGCGCAGUGGAACGAGGAGAAUGGAAACUCUGCAGGGCUCCUCUGAGUCUUUACCUUGUUUAACCUCAGCAUCUUUGGGGCCACCUGCCCUCCUACUAACAGUCCCCAUCUGUGAGUCUCACUCCAGUCAAUUCACAAACAUUCAGAGCAAAUCUGUUUAGGAUGGGCAUUUGAUCCAAUCUCCAGUUUGCAUCUGCUCCACCGACGUCCUGUAUCUCCCAUCUGACCCCCGUCGGCAUCUGCAUCUGGCAUUAAUGAGGAAGUAAUGAGUCUCCUCUCCUCCUCAUUUGGUCAUUCAUCUACUGUAACUUCCCUUUGCCUCUGCUGGGACCGAGCCACUGACAGCAAAAACAAUUACGACCGCACAGAUGGUCCUAGAUCUACAACACCGUAGCCGCUUUGUAAGAAAAAUCCCUGUCAGUCACUAGAAAAUGAGUUUAGCGCAGAAUAAAUACCCCAAAUUUGUGUGACACCUUCAUGCCAUGUUCCAUGUUGUGAUGUUCCCAAAUGUUCCUGCUGUCUUUAGAAAGCAGGAAAAGAUUCGCAGCCUCCUGAUGUGAUGAAGAAGUCAAGUAGAGUGAGCUUUAUCAUGAAUUAGAGUGCUUGUUUCUCAGUAGUUCAUGUUGCAAAACUGACAAAGGUUUUGCCCACAGAAAUGCAUGACUCUUGUGCUUAUUUAACAGUGAAGUCAAGCAAAAAAAAAGCUUCAUUUUUUGGAUUUUUGCUUCAUAAGUAUUACAAUUUCCCCACUUUUCUUCCACUGGGUCUUUACGUGCUUCUAGAUCUGAAUAAAUCUUGAACUCCCUGAAAUUGGGGAACUAACUGAUUGAAAUUCAGAGAGCAUUUUCAAGGCUGACUGCAAAAUUUUAAUUUGUCAGAACAAAGCACAAGUGGAAUUAAUAACACAAUCAGUGGCUCCUUUCCAGCAGUAACAACACAAUGCAGUAAUUAGAUAUGGUGUUGAAAAGUCAAAGUUGAGAACCACAGCCUCAGACCAAACUGUUAAAUCAUCAAUAGCUGUGUUUGUAACUGCCUUUCUAUUGCAUUUAUGAUUUGUGCAUUUAAAAAGAAAAGCUGAAUGAAAAUAUAGUGAACCGUUAUAUUAAAUAUUUAGAGUCGCAGUGCAAUGUGACAAAUUAGCAAAUAACUUCAUUUUGUGCCAAAUCCUCAGUAUUUCUGAUAGAAGCAGAUUACUUCACAUUCCAUUUUUGCCAUUUUUGAUGGAAAGACUGAGUAUUAAAAAUCACUUUAUUUUCAAAGCGAGUUAUGGUAAAUAUCUCCUUUGAAAUGUUAUUAAAGUUUAAUCCAAGUUUGUGUGCAGAAACCAACUUCAAAUCGCUUUAUCUCAAGGUAAUAUCUUCUCUUUCAUCCUCGUUUUCUCAAAACAAUAUAUUCUUCUUGUUAUAUUUACAUAACAGAUGUUUGCUCCCUUGAUUAACCAGCUAUGAGAAAAUGUCCAGGAAUGACCAGAUAACUUUAAAUGUAAAUCUGAUCUUUGUGAUUUUCGGAUAUUGAGAUUAAAAGAGUAACAGUAACCACAACCGUUCUCAACUCACUGUUGACAUCCAACUCCCUGCACAAGUUUACUAAAGACUCCCAUUAAAGGAACUGCUCUAAAGCGGAAUCGGAGAGAAAUGAGCCAAACGUGGAUAAAAAUACGUCAAACAAAUCAAAGUAAACACUUUCCACUUUGGCUCAAACGGCUGUGGAGGCCGUAAAACUGAGUCAAAAUACCCCCUCAGUUCUUUUUGCUGCCUGAUUUCUGAGACUCAGAGGUCAGACCUCAAGCGGCUCGAGGUUCGGGGGAAUAUUUUUGUUAAACGUCCCUCGACAUCUUGUUUAUUAAACAGUGCGUGAUUUGAAACCUGUCUGCAAAUGUUGCAGGUUUCGUGACCCUCGUCAGGCGUCUCCAUGCAGCACGUUCCUCCAGACACUAUAAACACACACAGCUAUGUGCAGACACAUCCCAAUCACACUCAGUGGAUCUUCUUUACCACGUUUCUCACUAACAUAUGGUCCGGCUGUGUCCUCGCAUGCCAAGUGCAUCAGCAGCACUUACUCCAACAUACGUUUUCAGUCAUUUUAAUCUUAAAAUAAUUUCACUGAACACAUUCAUCCUCUUUCAGCGAUUAAGGGCAUCACAGCAUACGUGGAACUGUGUGUUUUUGUUGUGAAAUGUUCCUGUCUAUCAGUUGAAAAGUUAGGACUUUAUAUUUUUCUAAAUAUAUCUCUGAGAAGGAUUCUAUGUAUUUGAAUACUGUUUAUGCAUACAUGUCAUUGUAUACUGCGCUGUCGGUGGGAGCGAGUGCAGUGGCUUUGUAGUGUUUUGAGCAUGUUUGCACAGACUUGUACCUUCGCAGACCUGGUGAAAAUGAGUCAUGACCAUCAAUAAACUAUACUUGUAAUUUU